AAAAACCAGAGUUGCUCUGCACAAGCUCACUUUUUGACUGCUGCCAUUCCGGUGGGGUGUGACUUGCUUCUCCUGGCCACGGUUGUGAGGCCUCCCCAGCUAUGUGGAACUAAACCAAGAGCCGCAUCUAGCUGAGGACACGAGAAUUUUCCACAAAACAAAGUAGAGUGAUUCCAUAGAUCACUAUUAUAGCUGCAUUACCAGUCCUAGGACAGAAUAUGGAUGCUGAAAAAUGAUUCUUUCAAUUUUUUAUUCCUUAACAUCAAGCCAAAAGUGCCGAGUUGUUGCCUCAUGCCCAGUUGUCUGGCAUCUCUUCACUGAAACUAUUACAGUUAGAUCUCAUCUCUCUGGGUGGAAGAGACUUCAAGAAGUUAAGCAACUUGCUCAAGAUCAUCUAAGAAGUAGGUGGUAUUUCUGGGCUCAUUGGGCCCCUCCUAAUCUCUCAUGGCGACAUGGCUGGCUAAAGUGUUGAUUGCCAUAAUUCAUCAGGGAUGGUCUCACACUCAUUGCAGAUCUUACCUGGCAUCCUCUUUUCUUAUGUGAUCUGUCUGACCCUAGUAGACUUAUGAAAUUUCUGAUGUAGAAGAGAAGAGAAAGAAGAGAGGAGAAAUUUCUGAUCUAGAAGAGAGGUGGCCUCUAUACCUAGAAGCAGCAGAAUCAGGCUUUAUUAAUACAUGUGUAUAGAUUUUUAGGAUCUAUACACAUGUAUUAAUAUGAAACAAGAAUAUGGAAGAGGAAGGCAUGAAAGGAGGAAAAGGACAAACCUUGUUUGCCAUUUUAAGAUAGAUGAGGAGCCAACAAAAAAGGGCCUCAGGAUCCAGCACACAUUAUCACAAACUUAGUGUCCAUCCAUCACUGCUGACCCUCUCCGGACCUGACUCCACCCCUGAGGGACACAGGUCGGCCUUGACCAAUGACUUUUAAGUACCACGGAGAACAGGGGGCCAGAACAUCGGCAGUAAAGAAUAAAAGGCCACACAGAGAGGCAGCAGCACAUAUCUGCUUCCGACACAGCUGCAAUCACCAGCAAGCUCUCAGGUCUGGCAUCAUGGUGCAUUUUACUGCUGAGGAGAAGGCUGCCGUCACUAGCCUGUGGAACAAGAUGAAUGUGGAAGAGGCUGGAGGUGAAGCCUUGGGCAGGCUCCUCGUUGUUUACCCCUGGACCCAGAGAUUUUUUGACAGCUUUGGAAACCUGUCGUCUCCCUCUGCCAUCCUGGGCAACCCCAAGGUCAAGGCCCAUGGCAAGAAGGUGCUGACUUCCUUUGGAGAUGCCAUUAAAAACAUGGACAACCUCAAGACCACCUUUGCUAAGCUGAGUGAGCUGCACUGUGACAAGCUGCAUGUGGAUCCUGAGAACUUCAAGCUCCUGGGUAACGUGAUGGUGAUUAUUCUGGCUACUCACUUUGGCAAGGAGUUCACUCCUGAAGUGCAGGCUGCCUGGCAGAAGCUGGUGUCUGCUGUCGCCAUUGCCCUGGCCCAUAAGUACCACUGAGUUCUCUUCCAGUUUGUUCCUGUGACCCUGACACCCUCCUUCUGCACAUGGGGACUGGGCUUGGCCUUGAGAGAAAGCCUUCUGUUUAAUAAAGUACAUUUUCUUCAGUAAUCAAAAA